AUGUUGUACACCCUCUUGGAGGGAACGGCCGUGGACGCUCUGGAGCAUGUGGAACUGGACGAGUUGGCAGUCGACGGCGGUGAAGAGAAGCUGUUCGCGGCCGACCGAGUGGGAGACGCGCUGGGGUCCGUGUUCGGUCUGAAGAUCGAGAAGGCGGAGCUCACCAGUGCGUACGUGGGGCGGGCCCAGACGAUAUUCAUGAAGGCCAAAAAGGAGGGCGUGGAAAUCCCUGAUGUCGCUCAAGGAUUUCUCCUUCUUCGGGGCGCCCGCUUCGGAGGCGACCGGCGCGCCGUCGUCCUCGCGGCCAGCGAGAGGCACUGGACGUUCGAGAAGCUGGCCCUGGCACUGAAGACGGUCUACCCGAAGGUGCUGCCCGAGCACGGCGUGCACCUGGUGGAGGACGACUACGUGUGGGAGGCUGCGGGUGAAGAGCAUCAUCCCGCGGCUAGCUCCCAGGAGGAGGUGGAUGCGUUCCUGGCGGAGGUCGAGCAAGAUCGUGAGGAACCCAUGGAGGAGGAUGAGGCCAUCCAGGUGCUGGCGACGUGGAAGGAGAUCCGAGUGGCGGUCGCCGAGGAGCGGAAGAAGCGCGGGCUGCCACCUCCACACGCGCCUGAUCUGAAGAAGUCAUCCGCUCGGGUCCGCUGCUGGGCAUGUAAGCAGGUGGGUCACUUCACCAAGGAGUGCCCGAAACGAGCUGGCAAGAGUGGCGGCAAGGGUCGCUUCGGCCAGAAGUUCGGGGUUGGCUUCGUCGAGAGCUUCUUCGCUGGAGAAAAAGAGACCGACCCCUGGAGUGAGAUCGAGGAGAUCCUGGCGACCUGGGACGACAGGGGCCACGGAGAGCCGCUGACCGAGGACCAUUUCACGCGUCGGCGCAAGGAGGUGGACGAGAUCGCCGAUUACGACGACGGGAACGCCGACGACGACGACGCGGCGGAGACGUUCAUGGUGCACUCACCGGGCGCCGGGGUGAUCGACCCAGGUUGCGCGAGGGCCCUGAUUGGCUUGGACACGCUUAGCGAGCUGAUCAAGACGUCCGGGAACGACCUCGAGAUCGACGAGGACCACAAAGUGGUCACGUUCAAGGGGUUCAGCGGUGAUGAGCAGUAUUCCAUCGGCGUCUGCAAGAUCCCGUGGAGGCUCGGCAGCCACCGCGGGAUGGUCGACGUGCACGUGGCCCCGGGCAAGGCGGGCCCCCUUCUGAGCAAGCCCCUCCUGAAGAAGCUGGGAUGCACGCUGGAUAUGGAGAAUGACGAGCUGGCGUUCCCGAAGCUGGGCGUCCGCGUGCUGCUCCAGACGACCCGCGGGGGCCACUGCGAGGCCAUGGAUGAGAUGUGCGUGGUGAGCCAAGCAAGUUCGCGGAGACCCGCCAUCAUGGAGGUGUUCGCUCCCCCGAGGCUGACCAAGUGGGCCGAGGAGUUUGGGUUUGAGGAUGGCGGAGCGUACGAUUUGCAGACAGGUUGGGAUGCUCGCCAGCGCGAGGGCGUCUCCCGGCUUUUCUGCGACCUGGAGACCAAGGAUCCGUUCUUCGUUUCGCGCAGUCCCCCCCGUGGCAAGCUGUCGCCGCUGCAGGCUCUCACGCCCGUGGACAGACGCAAGGGCCCUGAGAGGUUUGAGCAAGAGGUUCAGGAGGCUGUCUCUUUUAUUGUCUUGUGCCUGGUGAUUGCGGAGUGGCAGAUGAUGUGCGGGAAGCAUUUCAUACUCGAGCAAUCCCGAGGGAGUUCGGCAUGGGGCUUGAAGGAGAUGACUUAUUUCCUGACGGAGUUGCCCCCCUUCAUCGCGGAGGCAGCGGCGUGCAGGUUUGGCAAGCUGGACCGGGUGUCAGGGGCGCCCCUCGCCAAGGUCUGGCGCUUCGCCUCGGACCUCCCAGAGGUGGCCGAGGAGGUGGGCCGCCAGUGCCGAGGCGGUCACGAGCACCAGGACGUGAUGGGAAGCGCUGGCGGCAUGAAGCGUUCGGUCUGGCCCCAGAUCCACCCGGACAGACUGGCGAAGGCGGAGGCCAUGGGGGUCGGCGACCAUGGGGAGGACGAGGAGGCGGACACCGAGGGUAAGGAGCGCCUCACCCGGGACGACCUGUACCAUGGCCGGCCGCAGACCGUCGAGGCUGGCUUGCGCCGUCUACACGUCAAUCUCGGCCACGUCCCAGUGCCGACCAUGAUGAGACAUCUACGCCAUGCGAAUGCGACCGAGGCUGCCCUGAAGAUGGCCGCGGAGUUUCGCUGCCCAGAGUGCGACGUCAAGGCUGACCCGAGGGCGGCUCGCCCAGCUGCACCGGACACUGCGCGGCCCCCUUUGAGAUCCAUCGGCAUGGGCGUGAAGGAGCUCCCGGGCUGGAUGCCCGAUCGGAUCGUCAAGGCACUCAACAUCGUGUGCGAUACAUCGUCGCUGCAGUCCAUGACUCCGUUCGAUGAGGGCGAUGGCGAGGUCUUCGCGAGUGCGAUGGAGCGGGGCGGGGCUACGAUCCUGGACGCGGCCAGCAGCGCCAAGGAGCAGAGCGGGAAGGUGGAGCGGCAUGGGCAGUGGUUCGCUCAGAUGCUGCGCGCCGCGAUCGCCGAGGUCCAGCCUCAGGACCGCGGGGAGUGGCGCGAAUGCGUGGCGCAGGCGCAGGAGGCCAAGAACUCUCUCCUAAGCGUCGGCGGGGCCAGCCCGGCCCAGAUCGCUUUCGGGCGGAACCCCGAGGCGCCAGAGGACCUGCCGGUGGACUCGCCGGACAUCGUGGCGAACGGCGCAGUCCUGCACGACCCGCCGGCGGCGUUUGCUGCUCGAGUCCGAGCGGUGGCCAGGCGACAGGUUCUGAGCUACAACGACAAGCAGGCGACCCGCCUGGCCGUGGACGCGCGGCCCCGUAAACUUGUGAAGUACCAGCCUGGCGACACGGUGGCGGUCUGGCGCAAUGCGAGGAAGGUGGCUGGGCGACGCGCCCACUAUCGUUGGAGGCCUGGCGCGUGCAUGGGCGCGGUCCGCGGCAACUAUUGGAUUGCCGUGCCGGGCAGCGUGCUGAAGGCCUCUCCAGAGCAGCUGCGCCCGGCCAACUCGGAGGAGAGGGCAGCGCUGCGCCUAGUGGAGUCGUCGCUACGGACUCACACCGUCGACCUGGACGACAUGAAGGCGAAGUUCUACUCGGACAUCACCGCGGACGCGCGGCCGCCGGAGGCCGCCGAUGAGGAGGAGUCCGCCCCAGAGACAGCAGGAGGCGACGCGCGGCCGGCACCGCCAGAGGCCCCACCACAGCCCGAGGCCUCACCACCUGCCGAAGCCGAGCCGCACGCUGCCGACUCUGCGGAGAUCCCGGUCCCAGGGGAUGCGCCGGGGGACUGGCCUAACGAGGAGACGGAGGGCGAUCAAGGCUGUGCUGGGUCUGCUGGAGCUCCUGUCGACUCCGAGCCGGCGGAGGUUUGGGAGCGGCUGCGAUGCAAGACGUAUGUGGAGGAGGCGAAGCGCCCCCGCGUCGGGAGCGAGGUGCCGAUGCCCCCUGGGAGCGUGGACCUGGACCCCCAGGCUGCGAGGACGAGUUCAGCCCUCAAGCGAAGCCCGUCAGCUCGCCGGCCUGGACGAUCCAAGCAGCAGCGUGUGCAGUCAGUUAUGGCAGUUACGGCCUCGCCCGACAGCGAUGACGACGUCGAGAUCUUGGCGGUGGACAUAGAGGAGGUCAUGCUGGCCAGCGGCAGGCAAGAGCUUGACAGGCGGGAACCGCGCUGGUGCUCGAAGGAUGGGUUGGCCAAGAUCGCACAGGGCGACGCCAAGGAGUACAGUAAGCUGAUCGAGAAGACCCAGGCUUUGCGUCCCCUCCCGCUUGCGGAGUUGAGGAGGGUGCGGUCUACCCAGCCUGAUCGCAUCAUGAAGCCCCGACCGGUCCUGACGGAGAAGGAGGACGAGGAGGGCAACGAUGCAGUUAAGUGUAGGAUGACCAUCCAAGGGCUCAAGGACCCAGAUCUCCUGGAGUUGGUGAAGGCGGGCCGCACUCAGGCCCCGACGCUGUCCUCAAACGGGAGGGCGUUCGUCCUCCAGACCAUCGCUUCCGCCAAGCUUCCCCUGGCCAUCGGGGGCGUGGAGGGGGCCUUCCUCGAGGCGGACGCGUCGCUGGCGCCGGCAGAGCACGGCGCGAUCUACGUCCUCAACGGCUACGGCAGGAGCGAUCAGCCUCAGCUGUGGUGGCUGACCUUCAGCAAGUUCCUGGUCGAGGAGCUGGGUUUCGUGAAGCAUCCCAUGGGCCCGUGCGUGCUGUUGCUGUUCGAGGAUGUCGGCGACUCCGUGGAGUUCGACCUCGACGACUACCGUGUCAUCGACGGCCAGGGAGCAGAGCCCCUUCGAGCGGCCAGGCCUGGCGACCUGUGCGGGGUCAUCGGCCAACACGUGGACGACGGUGUGUUCGGCGGCUGGGGAUCCAAGUGGGCCGAGGCUUUGUCGCAGCUGAGGAGCCCCUUUCCCUGCCGCAAGUGGCACGAGAAGGAGGCCGAAUUCGUCGGGCCCCGGCUGCGGCAGCUUCCCGACUACAUCAUCGUGCAGACGCAGCAUCAGCACGCGUCUGAGGAGAUGGAGCGGAAAUAA